AUGUAUAGGUGGGGUCAGUGGUGUGCAUUAAUGUAAUGGUGCUCGUUUUGUCCCCACAGUGUUUUGUCACUUGUGCUGACAGUCCUUGCUCUGCUCCAGCUGACUGAUGUUUGACGAGGAGGAUUGGAAUGAUGAUGGGGAAGCCAGGGCCCUGAGUAAAGCGCUCUUUCACAGGACAGAGUCUCCACACUGCAGUAGCAACCUGAAUGUACGGUCACCUGGUGGAAAGAAGAAACAGAAGCUUCUGCAAACACUCCAGACUCUUUCUGCAGCAGGAGCCCCUGAUCAGAAUCCAGAGGCAACACAGCCCAAGCCUGAGUAUGGAACAGCAAAGAAAGCUGGGGCGAGAAACAAGAGGAAAAGGAAGAGAAACCGGGGAAAGGAGGAGAGUGAAGAGGAUGUGGAGAAACGAAAUGAUGCUCCUUUGAAAUCGCCAUUUGCACAAGGUAUCACAGGAAAUGAAAAUCAGAGUAGUAGGAUGGGAGGCAAGGAGAUUGGAUACGUACAAGGUGGCAGUGCAGAACGGGGCAAUAGAAGCGUAGCUCCGUGUUCAGAGGUGCUAAAGGCAGGUGAGCUGGGAAGAAACGCAAGACAGGGAAUGCUCACCCGCCAACAGUGGAAGAACAAAAUGAAAAACAAACAUCGAAACAAAAACAAGUUCCGGCCCACGGUCACAUCGUCUGCAGAGAAUGGAGGACAAAUGAAGGUGAAGGCUGAAUGUGAAAGGAUUUUGAAGAAAUCAGAACCUGAGCAAGAUGAAGGCACAAAUAUCACAGACAGACACAAAACUAAAAUAAAGCAAAAGAAGGGAAGAAGUCAAGAAGGGACUGAUCCAGCAGAGAGAACAGUCUCUGAGAUCAACAAUGAAAAAAUAUCCAACCUCAACCAGAGAACAAGAAAUCAUAACCAGAACAGUGAGACUUUGUCGAAGAGGAGGAAAAGAAUGUGUGAACAGCAAAGGGACUGUAUCUCAGGCAGUCCCAGUCCUCUGGCCAGAGACUUGGCACUUCCUGUGGGAAUAAAUGGCACUAAAUCAGGUCCCCCCAGCCCAACCUCGAACCGCUCAGCAGCUUUGAGAAACAAGAUGGAAGAGCGCCUGAAGUCAGCCCGUUUCCGUUACAUCAACGAGCAGCUGUACACCUCGAGCAGUGCAGACGCCAUGAAGCUCUUCGCUCAGGACCUUGCUACUUUCCAGCUUUAUCACCGAGGCUUCACGGCGCAAGUGGAGCGCUGGCCAGAAAAUCCAGUCGACAGGAUCAUUCAGUACAUCCGAAACAGACCAUCCACUGCUGUCGUCGCUGAUUUUGGCUGUGGUGACUGUAAGAUUGCCCGGAGUGUGAGCAACAAGGUUCACUCAUUUGACUUGGUGGCACUCAAUGAACAUGUGACUGUAUGUGACAUGGCGAAUGUACCUUUGCAUGCUGAAUCGGUCGAUAUCGUUGUUUUCUGUCUUGCGCUGAUGGGCACUAACCUUCUGGAUUUCCUGACAGAGGCCAAUCGUGUCCUUCGACAGGGGGGGAUUCUGAAGAUUGCUGAAGUGGCCAGCAGAUUUGAAGACGUCCGGAGUUUCACCAGUGUCCUGGGAUCUCUUGGUUUUAAGCUGAUUUCAAAGGACACAGAGAACAGCUACUUUUAUCUGUUUGACUUCAGGAAGAGUGGGUCUCACGUGGAGAAAGGGAAACUUCCUCGUCUACAACUAAAGCCUUGCCUUUACAAAAAACGCUGAGAUCCUCUGGAGGUUACGAAUAAACCACAGAAGCAAUGUGAAUGGUGAAUGAUGAGAACAGAGGUUUCUGAUGGUAAUAGGAGGGAAGGUGUUUACCUACAGACUGAUGUGACUGUGUACAAACAGAACGGCCGAAAAGAAAACAUCCAGUAUUAUUUUGCUGUUUUUUUCAAAUGGGCUGAUUCACAAGAAAUUUGUGAUGCCUCAUGGAGAAGAUGGUGUUUGGGCUGUGUGUGGAGAAGCAGUGAUUGAUCUGAGGGUGUGUACACUUUUUUUGGACUACUUUAGUUGACUGGAAUCUGUGCAAGUUAAGGUUUUCUACUUCUGAAUAAUUUGUAGAUUUUGACUUUUGUAUUUUUGUACAAAAAAUUGAUGAUGGGUCAUCAACAGUCAAAAGUCUAAGUAAACAGCAGUGGCUGAGAAGGACUUGGUAAUAUAUCACUCUGUAAAUUACUUCCAGCAGGCCCUGCUCUAAAACUAAGCAAAGGCUUUUGACUUUCACAGUUCAUGGAAUUGCAUUGUACAAAAGAGGCCCUUUGGCCCAUUGAGUUUGUACUGACAAAACUACUUGAAUUCUACACUAGGCCCAUAGCCUUGAGUGGCAUGACACUUCACAUGCUUUUCCAAUUACUUCUAAAGGUUGUGGAUUUUCCUGCCACAGCUACCCUCCCAGGCACUGCAUGCUGGACAUUCAUCACCCCCUUGGUGGAAAAAGACUUUCCUCGAGUCCCCUCAACCUUCUGCCAUUCACUUCAAAAAUGUGCCGCUCUUGUUAUUGAUGACCAAGAGGAAUGGCUGAUUUCUAUCCAGCCUGCCCAUGCCUUUCAUAAUCUUAUACAUCUCUUCUGGGUUCCCUCUUGGGCCUCCUCCUGGUAAGAAACCAACCCAAGCCUAUUCAGCCUCUCUUCUUAGCUGAAGUGUUGUGUCCUCGGCAACCUGUUGAAUCUCCUCUGCACCCACUCCAGUGCAGUCACAUUCGGAAGUGCACAUAGAACUCCAGCUGUAGUGUCACCAAAGUCCUGUACAGCUUGGUACAACCUUCCUGCUCUUGAUAAUGAAUUCACUACUGACUCUUUGAGUUUGGUGAUUUGAUGAAGUGUCCCUGGAAUCAAAAAGUUAACUAUGCUUUCUUCCCACAGAUGCUGCCAGAUCGGCUGAGUUGUACCAGCAAUUUCUACUUUUGUUUCAGAUUUCCUGCAUCAGCAGAUUUUUAUUUUGUUACACCUCUGACUGUUCGAAAAUCCACCAGAUGUGAUCAUGUGACAAUCUAAUCCUUCCAGGUAUUACACAGGUGACACUGACACUUGAAAAAGGAGAGAGUCUCCAAAAGCUUGUGUCUUCAAACAAAUCUGUUGGACUAUAACCUGAUGUCAUGUGAUUUUUGACUUUGUUCAUCUCAGUCCAACACUGGCACCUCCUCAUCAUGGCUUCCAGGUGUUCAAAGCUUUAAAAUUCUCUCCUCCACAGAUGUUAAACAAACUAGCCAUGAAUGAAUGUUCGUUCUGUUUGGUGUUAUUGUCUGAUUUUUCUUAAAAGCUAAGUACUGUGAAAGCUGGAAAUCUGUAAUAAAAGAGAAAGUACUGUAUAAUUUUAGCAGAUCUUCAAGCAUCUGUAGAGAAAAAAUUAACAUUUCUUUGUAUUAAGCACUCACUAUUUCUCUCUCCGCAGAUAUUGUCAGACCUGCUGAGUUUCUCUGGGACUUUCUAUUUUUUAUUACUGAUGUUCAUAGCUGUUGUAUUUUUUUAAAAUCAUAUUCUCAUUUUCAAUUGUUUAAAAUUAUUAUUCCUCUA